AUGGACCACUCAAUGCACAUGGAUCACGGUGGUAUGGGCCACGAGGGUAUGGAUCAUGGGGGCAUGGACCAUGGUGACAUGGAUAUGGGCCAGUGCAGCAUGAAUAUGAUAUUCACUUGGUCCUCGAAAAACCUCUGCAUUAUCUUCCGCCAGUGGCGCAUUACAGGGCCAGUGUCGUUCCUUCUCUCGCUUAUACUGAUUGUUCUCCUCACGGCGGGUUACGAGGGCGUGCGACAAGCAACUCGGAAAUACGAGUCUGGCCACAACCAGAGGUUGAACAGCAUUGCUGUAUCGACAAGUACAGGUGGAGUUGAUGCAAUCCCGGUUCCGGUCGCAGUCAAUAUCCACGAGAUUCAAACCGAGAGCUCACCAUUAAUUGUAGGGAGGGACAGUAGGAGUGCCCUUGCACGUCGGGGAAGACUUGUUCUGGCCGCACUUUAUGCCAUACAGGUCUUUUACAGCUUUUUCAUUAUGCUUCUGUUCAUGACUUAUAAUGGCAUGGUGAUGCUCGCGGUUGCUGUUGGUGCAUUUGUCGGAUACUUGGUAUUUGCUGAUGACGCUCCGGCGACAAAAUCCAUCGCCUGCCACUGA